GAACGGAGGCCCAAAAAAAAAAAAAAGAGAAUAAAAAGUAGUCAAACAAAGCAUGAUGAUAGAUUCACGUCUUAGCAUAGAGAAAAAGAAUACUCAGAUGUCAUCACCACAAUUAAAUGGAGGUCCUAGUAGACCGGUUCUUCUAGGAAGUAAUAGCACCAAUAGUCUUCACCAACAUAGUAAUCAUAAUCAACCACAUCAUAAUCAUAAUAAUCAUAAUGGAGGACGUAAGAGAUCGAAUUCAAGAUCGCAAGUGGUAUCAUUACCACAACUUCCUCAAUCGAAUACAUCAAGUAAUUCAAAUGAACAUCCUGAUAAAAGAUCACAAAUGCAAUAUAUUGUAACAUUGAUCCCAUUAAAUGAUACAUUUAUCAAAAAGAAUUUAUUAGUACCAUAUUUCCCAGAAACUUUAAAGUUAGGUAGACCAGCUGGAUCAAAAGUUAAACCGGAAAUCAAUAAUGGAUAUUUUGAUUCUAGAGUUCUUAGUAGAAAUCAUGCGGCCAUAUUUGUUGAUCCAUCAAAUGGUAAACUUAUGAUUAAAGAUUUAGGCUCAUCAAACGGAACAUUUGUAAAUGAAUUGAAAAUUGGACUGGAUCCAAUUGAAUUGAAAAUUGGGGAUAUCAUAUAUUUAGGAUUCAAUAUUGAAGUUGAUACAAGUCAUAAAAAGAUUAGUGCCAAAAUUGAAAAUAUUAAUAUGAUGCCUAAUUAUUUAAAGACUGGGGAUAUUUCAACUCUAGUUUUAUCAUCACCAACUUCUUCAGCCUCUUCAGCUUCCGCUUCUGCAUUGGCAAGGUCUAAAGGGGUAGAUAGCCCGGAAUAUAAGCAUUAUACGUUUAUUCAAAGUAUAUUUAGUAAUGCUUCCAAUGAACCAAAUAAUGAACCUCCAAUUUCAUUUGAUAAUGCAAUCUUUGGCGAUAUUAACCCAAACUUAGAAGGAAGUCUACUUGGACUUAACCCCAAGGGAGGAUGUGGGAUAUUCAAUAAUUCUCAAAUUACAAAUUCAGUAAGUCUUGAACAAACCAUAAAUUUAUUGGCUACAAAUCUUAGUAAAGUUAAACAACAGAACUCAACAUUAAAAUCCCUUGAAGAUUUCAUAUUAAAAUAUCAAUCAAGAUUGAAUGAAAUGAAUCAAAAUUACAUUACAGAUCAAUUUGAGAAAACUGUACAACAGUACCAACAAAAGAUUUCUGAAGAAUCUCAAUCAACUAAUAAGAUUAAACUGGAAUAUGAAAAAUAUAGAAUUAAAAGUAACCUGAAAGUUUCACAAUUAGAGAAGGAAAUGAAAUUAUUACAAAGUGAAACUGAUUCAUUAAAACUGCAACUUAAAGCUAGUAAGCUUGCUAUAAGAAAUGCAGACAUGGAAAGUAGAGAUCUCGUUGCAACACAAGCUAGUCUGAAUUCAAAUUCAAAUUCAAACUCGAAUGUUUCUAAUUCUUUACCACUGCAAGUUAUUGCUCAAGAACCUAUCCAAGAAUCUAUAGAUAUGGAAGUUGGUAGAGAACCACUGAAAAUCCAAGCUGUUGGAGUUACACCUCCAGUCUCUGAUGAAGAAGAAGAAGAUAUUCCCUCGCAUCAAGGUCAACAAGAAGAAGACCCACAAUCUCAUAACCAAGUGUCAACUGCACCCGUGGAGAAUAAUAAAGAAGAGCUGCCAUUCCUGGAAAGCUCCACUAUUUCGACUGGAACUGACAGGGAAAUUGAUAAUGAAAAAUUGAAAACUACUACCACUGACAUUCCUAUUGAAACAGCUUUAAAACCAUUGCUUGGAUUUCAACCAUUCAAUCUAAUAAUAAUUCUGGUUGUUUCGGUUAUGAUCAUAUCACUCGUAUUAUCAUUCCUAAAUGGCUCUAAAUUUACCAUUGGGAAAUACUCCCCAGAAAUUGUUGAGGAAUAUAUUGAUUAGAAUUCAAACGGGUGAACGCCACUAAUGAGAUUAACCAGAUCAUUGUUCAAAUUGUUCUCAUUUCUAAGAUAGGAGCUAAAAAGGUUGUUCUGAAUCAUCUAAAAAAGAAUUACAAGUGUGGUUUGUUGUCAUAAGAAUAAUCUAGAAGCGACACACCAGCAAUCCUUAUCCUUAUUUUCUAAAAGAUUAUAUAAAUACAUAAUUAAAAUCACAUUAAUAAUUCUAAUAGUUUAUCA